GGGUCAUUUGGAAUAGAAUGCAGCAAACUGUGUCCCAAAGGAUAUUAUGGCCUUAAAUGUCAAGAUAAGUGUGAGUGUGACAGGUGUAAUGCUACGACAGGGAAUUGUUUUCAUGAGGAAAAUUCAUCAAGAAUGUCCGUGGCUUGCUUGGCAUUCUUUGCAACUGGAUGUGUUUUCUUUGUUGCAGCACUAAUAACUUGUCUCUGUGUAAAAAGACAGUUUUCCGGGAAAAGGUAUGAUAAAUAUGUACAAGAUAGCCGUUCCCUUGGUGAAUCAGCUUCUCAAAUCUACACAAGAAUGGAAGAAAACGUAUAUCAGGAAUGUGAGCAGACAUCAACAAUCUAUAAUGAUUCAACUAAUUCGAGUUGCCUUAGUCAAUAUGACAGAUCUCAUCUACUCGAACGAAUAAAAGAAAACAAAGCAAAACCAUCCAUACUGUCUCUCCUGAGGUGGAAAAAGAGAUGUUCCGGGAAAACUUUGGCAAAGUCAGGAUACAUAUAUGUAAUUGGAUCACAGGAACACUUAACAGAAUCAGCCUCUGGAUCAGGAGAAGCACCACUCCGGCUACGAGUAAUACCAGAACCACCCACUCAACCAAUGCUACCUCUUCCAUUAUCAAGUUCACACAUUGCAACAGCAACAGUCCCUACAUAACACUACUAUUGGACUUUUGCAAGAAGCACCGACUUUUACAGUUGGCGGUACACUUUGACAUUUACACCUGCGUCAUGUAUGGAUAUACAUAAUUGAUAAUGGAUAAGAAAACGUUUCUAGUGGUAAUGGGUAGGGUUUUAGGGACUCUAACAUGAGAAGGGCGGGAGUUAAGGCUAGGGUGGUUGUUGUUUUCGUCAAAGGCAUCUUAUUUGCGCUUUG